GGUUUGUUGGAGGCGAACGACAUCCACAACAAUGGGAUAGCGGGGUUCGGGCGCCAACCCGACAGUGACAGUGGUGCACUGCGAGAUCCACCACGGACAGACGGGUGGCUUGUACGGGCUCGGCCAGUUCAUCGACAACCGCAUCCAUUCCCACAGCAACCCCACCGCAACGAGAUCUACAACGGCCAUCAGGGUGGCGUCUUCAUCUUGGGCGAAGGCCGCGGCUUGAUCGAGCAUAACAUGUGGCUGCGGCAUAAGGACCCUUAUUACUGCCUUGGCGGCUCCACCGGUUUAUUACCGCGUGUCAGCGCGUUCUACUGA